GUCUCCCGCGCGGGACAGAGGACGCGAGCUCCGCAGGAGGCGGAGGAGAAGGAGAAAGGGUGAGGGGCCGGAGCGCCGGGCCCAGAGAGCGGCAGGUCAUCUCGAACGCUCCAGACACCUGCCACUACCUGAUGCUGCUGACAAAGUCAGGAUGGCUUUAAACUCAGGAUUACCACCAGGUGCUGGACCCUACUACGAAAAUCAUGGAUACCAGCCCGAAAGCCUGUAUCCCCCGCGGCCCUCCGCGGCCCCCACUGUCUACUCGGUGUACCCAGCUCACUACUACCCGCCCACGGUGCCCCACUACACCCCGAGGGUCCUGACGAACACUCCGACACUCGCCACCCGCACGCAGCCCAAGUCCCCAGCGAGGACACUGUGCACCUCCAAGACGAAGAAAGCCCUGUGCAUCACCUUCGCCCUGGUGACCGUCCUCGCCGCCGGGGCGGUGGCGGCCGCGCUCUUGCUCUGGAAGUUCACGGAGAACAAGUGCACCGCGUCAGGGAUGGAGUGUGGCUCCUCGGGGACCUGUGUCAGCGCCUCUCUCUGGUGUGACGGGAUCCUGCACUGUCCCAGCGGGGAGGACGAGAAACAGUGUGUUCGUCUCUACGGGCCGAACUUCAUCCUUCAGGUGUACUCGUCCCAGAGGAAGUCCUGGCACCCCGUCUGCCAAGACGACUGGAGUGAGAGCUACGGGCGGGCAGCCUGCCAGGACAUGGGCUACAGGAAUAGUUUUUAUUCCAGCCAAGGAAUCGUGGAUGACAGCGGGGCCACCAGUUUUAUGAAGCUGAACAUCAGUGCCGGCAACACCGACCUCUAUAAAAAGCUCUACCACAGUGAUGUCUGUUCUUCAAAAACGGUGGUUUCGUUACGCUGUGUAGAGUGCGGAGUCAACAGGAAGAUGGGCCGCCAGAGUCGGAUUGUGGGCGGGACCAGUGCAGCGCUGGGGGACUGGCCCUGGCAGGUCAGCCUGCACGUCCAGGGCAUCCACGUCUGCGGAGGCUCCAUCAUCACCCCCGAGUGGAUCGUGACAGCCGCCCACUGCGUGGAAGAACCGCUGAACAGCCCGCGCCACUGGACGGCCUUCGCGGGCAUCCUGAGACAAGCCUUCAUGUUCUACGGGAACGGGUACCGAGUAGAAAAAGUGAUUUCUCAUCCACAUUAUGAUUCCAAGACCAAGAACAAUGACAUCGCUCUUAUGAAGUUGCAGACACCGCUGACGUUUAACGACAAAGUGAGACCUGUGUGCCUGCCCAACCCAGGCCUGGCGCUGGGGCCGAAACAGCCCUGCUGGAUCUCCGGGUGGGGAGCCACCUACGAGAAAGGGAAGACGUCGGACGUGCUGAACGCCGCCGAGGUGCCCCUGAUAGAGCCCGCGCUGUGCAACCACAGAUACGUCUACAACAACCUGAUCACACCCACCAUGAUCUGCGCCGGCUACCAGGAUGGGGGCGUUGACUCCUGCCAGGGUGACAGUGGCGGCCCUCUGGUCACUCUGAAGAGCAGCAUCUGGUGGCUGAUUGGGGACACGAGCUGGGGGUCCGGCUGUGCCAAGGCUAACAGGCCAGGCGUGUACGGAAACGUGACUAUGUUUACAGACUGGAUCUACCGACAAAUGAAGGCAAACAGCUGAUCAGCCCGGCCUCGUCCUGGAUGCCGUUCGACACGAGAACGAGGGGGCUGGUUUUUAAUUCCCUGUGCGCAAUGUAUUUUUAGAAAUGAUUCGGAGGUCCUUUCAUUUUUAUUAAAUAGUGAUCUCGGUCGUCUUUGGCACUCUCCACAGUCUGUGCAGGUCACAGCGGCUCGACCCCGGGUCCGUGCUCCUGGACCUCUUGUCCAAACGGGUGCCCGGGCGGGCUGGGUGUGGGUGCCUAGGGCCAACGCAGGCUGAGGGAAGGAGUCUGCCCGCUGGCAUCUUCCUUCUGAGCCCGUCCGGGGGGGACCUAUGGGGCUGGCGACCUCAACUGCUGGACAGUUCGAGAUGAAAAGGGAGAGAGCCUGGUG